CUGACACCCAGACCACUUCAUUGAGCUGAAGUGGUCUGGGUGACUAUAGUGUCCCUUUAAAGGGUCUGCGCAUUGCAUGCCUUAACAGCACAAAGGAGUUAAAGGAACUCUAACCAACUAUGGCUGCAAAAAUAAAGCAAUUUAACUCCUACAUGACGGAAUUGAGCAGUGAGACUGCAGGGGCAUGAUAUAUACACCAACACGUUUGAGCUAUCCUUUAGCCGCAUCCAUUCGAAUUGUUUUCUUUUCUUGCAGAUUUCACCAAUUGUCGCAAGGAUCCCAAAAGCAGAUUUUUAUGUCUUGGAAAAAUCUGGCAUUCCUAUUCAGAACAGCAAUCUAUUUCCAGUGACUUUACACCUGCAUAUGGUAGAAGCCAUGCUGUACAGCUUACUGAACACACGGUACGGGGCAGACGAUAAUCACUGUGUGGUUAGUAUGGGCCGUUCAAUUGUAGGUAAACAUUUUGCCCUCAUGGUUGGGGAGUCCCGGACAAGUGGAGUCGAUAUCGUAAAGCAGUUACUUUUGGAACCGGCUGUUCCGGGAAAAUCCUGGGUGAAAUUUUUACCAGACAUUAUCCUCCACUACAGAGGUCAGUUUCAAAUGAGAAGACAGAAGAGGAACGAGGAGCUGUGUGAUGCAUUAUUACAAGCCAUUACCUUCUAUGACCUAAUUGUGACUUAACAUUUUUUUACACAAAUCUUUCCUCUGUGGCUUCUAAUAAAGGAAAAGAUGGUAUAACCAAGGUGAUAAAUCCACAAUCUAGAAUGGUGGCCCCCUUUUCUGCUUGAACUACUUUACUUUUUAAAUGAAAGGGUAUGGAACUGAAUAUGAACAUUUACAGCCAUGACAAUUUGAACUACACAUCUGUACAAUGUCUACAUUCUCAGUUCCCAUCAAGACUGAGUAUUUGUUCACAUAAAAAUUAAAUAAAGUCAUGUUAUGUGAUCUGCUGUGAAAGUCUUUAGCGCCUUCUCCUGUUUCAUUGCCGCACACAAUCACAUCUUGACACUGGCAAGACUAUUCACUAGACUCCAAAUUAUUAAAAUGUGAAUAGAAAAAUGAAGUGGGGAGAAGAUGACAUCUAACUUUGCUCAAGUUACAGCUAGGCUACUUUAUCCUCAAACUUUC